UCGCUUUUAGACGCAAGUGACAGAGAGCAUUGAAAAAGGUAAAGGCAUUCACGUGUAAGGGUUGUGCUCGGGAGCGUGCACCAUGUGCUUCGGUGCAGUCGACCAAAACGAAGAGCCUUUCUUUCCCAUAACACACAAACUAAAUAAUUAAAUAAAAAAGCUUGGUCUACCUUAUCUCACGGAUCUUGCUUCUCUUUCCACACAUAACCUUGCCUUCCUUCCUUAUACCCCUAUAUAUUUAUAUGUAUAUAUAACGCCUUUAAGAGUUGACCAAAUUAACAAGAGCCAAUAGAGAGAAGAAGAAAAAAAGAAAAUGCAGUCAUUUUGCAGAUAGCCAAAAGCAAAGCAAAGCAAAACCCAUCAUUAAUCUACAGCCAAACCACCAUUAGUCAUCUACUACAGUUGAGAAAGAAGGAAAGUAUAUAGGAGGAAUUGAUGGCUUCUUGGAAGAAAACCAUCGCUACGCCUUUCAGAAAAGCUUGCACUUUCUUCAACCAGCAACCAAGGGAUAAGAAGUCCCAAACAGAGCAUGAAAAGCAUGUGAUGGAUCUGCAUGGGGAAGUGAUGGCAUGUGCAUAUGAAGAUGUCCAAGUCAUGUGGUCCAUUCUUGACAAGUCCAAGUCCACGGCUUGUAACAUCAAGCCUUAGGAUUCCCUUUUUACCCUUUUUUUUUUCUUUCUAAAUUUAAUUUUUCUUUAUUUUAUUUUGCAUGUGAUGUAGAUAAAACUACAAACUCGAUUGCAAAUUUGGGGGAAAUUAGGAGAUUGGGGAAAGAAGGGCAUUAUUGUAAUUUUGGAUGGAGAGAAUUCAAAUGUUUAUUUUUAUAGGGAAUCCCCGUGAGGAUAUGAAAAAUCCACGGCGAGAUUUUUAAUGAAAUUUCUCUAUUUAUUUUAA